AUCAGUUAGAUUCUCUUCAUCAUUAUAACACUCAACAACACACACACACACACACUCUCCUCUGUCCGACAAAGUCACUUAAAUGGGAUUUUCCCGGCAUAUACACGGCGGCAAGGCUACCACCGCAACCGCCGUGACAAAGAAGUCCAAUGUCCCAACUCCGACGCCAAACUGCUGCGUCACGUGCCUUGCAAGACUCAUCAGAAAACUGAAGAAAAAAGGGAGGUUGUUGCUGGCUACGUCGACGGCUCGGAGACAAGGGAGCUCUUUGCAAUGCCGGUACGAUCCAAUGAGCUAUUCACUCAACUUCGACGGAGGGGCGUGUGGUACACUUCCUGAUGAUGAGGACUACUACUUGCGGUUUUAUGCUUUUUCUUCAAGAUACGUUACGACUACUAACAAUAUCAGGAAGAGACCACCACUUCCUCGUGAAUCCUUCUCUAGCGCUUCACAUGAAUUCAUGUAAUCUAAUUUGUCAUUUUACUCUUUUGUUUUUGUUAUCUACAAAAAGAAAAGACUAGUUUCUUUAUUUUCUGUAUUUGGUUAUUUAGUUCUUAGAUUUAAUUAAAUUAGUGAAGGGUAAUUGUUAUUUAAAAGAAAAAGAUGUUCAAAAUUUUUCUUGUAUUUUAAUAUAGUGGAACAUAGAUUUGGAAGACUUUUUCUCAAUUCACUCAGAUCAGAAUCCUUUCCUUAGAUAUGCCCCCAUUCACAU